GUUCAUUUCCUCAACCUCUUUAUCCACCGCAAAGCCUUGCAGCUGCCUUGAGGCCACUCCUUACUGGCGAUCGACUUCGUCGACGUCAGCGACUACAUUGACGACGAUCUAGUUAAUAAUUAGCUCGACACCGACUUCAACGACGACCGUGUGCAGUGUUAUUGGCCACUGUCAGCCACACUUACAACGAAAUAACUUCUUUUCACCCAGUGAUAGUGGGUCCUAAAAGCUUCACAGGACAGCCCAAACAUCAUUCCUGCCAAUUAAACAGUUCGAUCUAUCAGCUCAUCUCUUGGCAUCCUGCUAAGUGAUGUACGCCCACGCCCAGUCGCGACCCAACUCGUUCUAUGCUGUGGAUGAUGGCGCAGUCCAACCAGAUUAUCCCCCAGAGCCAACCCGCCGUCCUCGCCAGUCCCGUUCACAAGGCCCCCAAAAUCAAUACCAGUCCCCACAACAGCCCAUAGAUCCAGAUUAUGACCCCGACGAUGACCAACCCUUGGGACUCGCCGGUCAACCAUUAGAUGCUGCGGAUGAGUUUUAUGGAGCCCAUCAGAAUGGCAGCACCCCCUUUCCACCCCAACAGUCUCAUUCUCAAUCACCAUUGUCCCAGGGUCCCCUUCUAGAUCACUCUCACCUCCGCCCGGGAAACCAAGCCUCCCUCCUUUCUUAUGAGCGUACCCUCGAGUUAUAUCGCGCAAAUGCAAAGAAAACACAGGAUCCAGACAUCCAGUUCGAGUUUGCAGUAUUCAUGAUCGACGCCUCUAAAUCUUUUCCCAUCCCCUCCCCCACCCCCGGCAAUGUCAUGGAGAUCGAAAAGGCAAUUGAGAAGCGUGACAAUCUCGUGCAUGAAGCCACUGGUCUACUCAAACGUCUUGCCGACCGGGGACACCCAGCAUCGCAAUACUUCCUUGCAGACUGCUACGCCAAUGGUCUAGGCACUUACAAGAGCAGGCAAGACUUCGACCGGGCGUACCCACUAUUUGUGCUCGCAGCAAAGCACGGGCAUCCAGAUGCUGCAUACCGUGCAGGAACUUGCUGCGAGAAUGGAUGGGGCUGCAGGCGCGAAUCUGCCAAAGCUCUCCAAUUCUUCCGUAAAGCUGGCGCAGCGCUCCACCCCGGUGCCAUGUACCGGCUCGGUAUAGCUGAACUUAAUGGCGAGCUCGGACUCUCAAAACGGCCGCGCGAGGGCGUCAAAUGGCUGAAACGCUCCGCGGAGCACGCCACGGCUGAGUUCCCGCAUGCCCUUCAUGAACUUGCCCUACUGCACGAACGGGGUAUAGACAACGUCGUAUUUGUUGACGUGGAGUAUACCGUGGAACUACUCGCCCAGGCGGCCGAGCUUGGGUAUGCACCCAGUGCUUACCGGUUGGGGGAAUGCUAUGAGUAUGGGAAAUUGGGUUGUCCCCAGGAUCCCGCCUUGUCAAUUCAUUAUUAUAACAUUGCAGCGCAGCAGAGUCAUCGUGACGCAUGCUUCGCGCUCACGGCCUGGUACCUAGUCGGCUCACCCGGUGUACUGCCUCAGUCUGAUACUGAAGCAUAUCUCUGGGCACGCAAAGCAGCUGAUGCUGGGCUUGCAAAGGCGAUGUACGCUGUCGGGUACUUCCUGGAGGUAGGAAUUGGUACGGCACCAGACGCGCAAGAUGCGAUGACGUAUUUCAAGAAAGCGGCAGAACUGGGUGAUAAACGCGCGCAACAACGGCUCAAGGGCCCACCCAUCGGACAACAAGGCGGGGCCAUGCGAGACGUAUCUGAUGCCAAGAACGCAGCCGCCAACAAGGACUGCAUAAUCAUGUAGACUCGCCUUAUCCACUUACAGCCUGUUUAUGUCGCGGGGAAUCUGCUUAAUUGUCGAUGUGUACACAGACGAUGGACUCGGAUUAUACUGGACUGUUCGUUACAUUUCAUAUUGCCCCAUUUUCUACGUUCAUCUCAUCUACUACGCCAUUUACCCUACUUUCAUUAACCAUGGCACAUCCCUGCGUUCAUUUCGUCUGUGGGAUCUCCCAUUUUCCUGACUUGCAUACAUAGAUACCCGUAUGGUAGCGAAUGAAAUCUGAAAGGUGGUAAUACUUACU